AUGAAUUUCUGUGUCACUCUCUUGGCACUGACGCAUCAUUGUAUUACGUGUAUAAAUGCGCACUACCUCACGGAACACGAAUAUGAGCAGGUCAUGAUAAAAGUUCGCCAAAAACGUGAAGAAGUAACGGCACGAUCGCAAGGAGUUAACAGUAUAGAAAUACCAUCGAAAUUACUAAGACUAUCAAAGACACAUCAAUUGAAACAAGUGACAGAACAGCACUGCGAAACAAAUAAUAACGAUAAAUUGGCUAAAUCGGUAUUGGAACAUCUGAUGCUUUCGUAUGAUCGUAAAACGGUACCAAUGGCGGAUGGUGUUAAUGUGAAGGUUGAUCUAAUGGUUCAGGCUAUUUCUAGUAUAUCCGAAAUGACUGCUAGUUUUACUGCAGAUGUGUUUUUUAGCCAAAUUUGGCUUGAUCCUGGACUGGCAUUCGAAAAUGUCACCAGAUGCUUGGCUAAUUUAACGCUCAGCUACCGUACCAUUGAUGAUAUUUGGUUGCCAAACGUAUGUUUUCAGAAUAGUAAAUCUACCUCAAUACAUAGUAGUCCAACCCCAAAUAUAUUUCUUAUGAUUUAUCCUAAUGGUACAAUUUGGGCCAAUUAUCGGGUGAAGGUAGAAGCACCAUGUGAGUUGGAUAUGUCAUCAUUCCCGAUGGAUGUACAGCGAUGUACUAUGACCUUCGAAUCUUAUUCCUUUAAUGUUGAUCGUGUACGACUGGACUGGUUCGAAACAGCUGUUAUUCUAGAUUUGCAGGGGAAAUUACCAGAUUUUGAACUAACACGCUAUACAUGGCAGAAACAACAAUUUUAUUAUCCUGCAGGACAGUGGGAUCAACUGAAAGCAACUUUUUACUUUCGUAGAACUUACGGUUAUUACAUUUUGCAGCUAUACAUGCCUACGUAUGCAUCUGUUUUCAUUAGCUGGAUAGCAUUCUGGCUGGAUCCAAAGUGUUUGCCAGGUCGAAUAACCCUCGGUGUAUCUUCACUGAUGGCGCUUACAUUUCAGUAUGGCAAUGUGGCUCGAAGUUUACCUAAGGUUUCCUAUGUGAAGGCAGUGGAUGUUUGGAUAUUUGCAUCCAUGGGUUUUAUAUUUUUUUCACUGGUUGAAUUAGCCAUUGCUGGACAUGUAGAUAAAAUGGCGAACGAUGGCAAAGACGAAACGUUUGACAAGGUCGAGAAAAGAAAAAGCUGUAUCAAAUGCAACUGUCAAACAAAAGCCCGAAAAAGACAUAAGGUAUCAUCGGAAGCAUACAAAGUAAGAAUGAAUGCAAGCGAAGUUCAUAAGCUGGAGAAGCUUUGCUAUCGCGAUUUGUUGAGUGAUAAGAAUAAAUCAAAGUUUAAAUGGACGGCUGAAAAGAUAGAUAAACUUUGUCAGUUCAUUUUUCCUCUAUCAUUCAUAUGUUUUAAUUGCUUUUACUGGAUAUAUUACACCACGGAAUCAUCGAAACAAAUGGAAAGAUUGUUGGAUGAUGCCAAUUUCACUGGCGGAUCUUUUCUACUAACCAAACGAAACAUCGGAUGA